GAUACAGAGCACAAAAAGAAGACAGAAGUUGGAAAGAGAGAGAAAAAGGCAAGAGGGGGCAAGAAGGAAGAGCACAGAUAGAGAGAGAGAAAGAGAGAGAGAGUGAGAGGUGAAGAAGAUAAGCGAAAGCUAAGAUCUUUUUAUUUGUGAGAGGAAAUCAUUUCUGGCGUUUGGAGCUCCUCGGAGGAUGCGAAUCCGGUGGCUUUGACUAAAUUCUCUCCGGCGAGGCGUUCAUCUUUUCUGGUGAUUAGAGAUGGGAUUAGCUUUAUAGGUGUGUGGCUUAGAUAGAUUUAGAGUAGAAGAUGGAUAGGAAUAGAGAUGCGAGGAGAGGAAGUAUGGCGGCCACGAAUGGCUUGUCAAGAAGAAGACACAGAAAUCACAGCCUCAGAGACUCUCCAGAGGACGAUGGUCCGGUGGAGUUACAGGAGACCUCGAGGCUGAGAGAUCGAGGGAGCGGGAAGAAAGAUCGAGAUCGGGAUCGAGACCGGGACCGAGACCGGGACAGGGACCGGGAUCGAGACAGGGAUCGGAUGAACCGGAAUAAGAGGAGAAGAGCUGAGAGAUUGAUGCACGGGAGCAAUAGAGAAGACGGCGGAGACGAUAGUUCUGAGGAGAGUGUGAACGACGAGGACGAAGAUGAAUACGACGAUGGUGGAGGCGGCGGCGGCUCUAUUCGCAUGCUUCCGCCAAAUCCGCCAACGGCGUCGCUUUCUUCGUCGUCUUCGUUGUUGAAUCACCGGAAGAGCUUCCCUCCGGUUAAUAAUAAGCAUUUCCGACCGCUGCCGGCGUUGAAGGUCACUGAUGAAAUGAUUGGCGUUUCCGUUCCCAGAAGAGCACGGUCAGCCUCUACGAAGAGGUCUCAUGAAUGGCCUUCCAGUUGUGGAGUUGUCGGAGACCAAUUUCACCGGCAAGCUUCUACAUCUCCGGUCCGGCCAACCACAUCAUCGAUGGCUGCGCCAUCCCCAGCUCCGACCUCACCCUCUUCUUCUCACGCUUCGGUUAGGAAGAAGCCUAGACCCAAUGGCCCAAAAUUGAAGCCGCCGAAGAUGGCGACGACGACCAAGACAUCACCGUCGACUCAAGACGAGAUAGAGAUUGAGAUUGCUGAGGUGUUGUAUGGGAUGAUGAGGCAACCGCAGGGUCCAACGAAGCAAGAAAUUACAGUCACCGAUUCAAUUAAGUUCGAAUCAAGAGAAAUCAACAAGUCCACUAGUGAUGCGAAAUCAAGAGUUUCGUCACCGAUCUCAAACUCGCCGUGUGCUCCUCCUCACUCGAUAUCUGCUUUUCCGCAGAAUUCUAGCUCCUCUGCCACUUCCAUGUCCGCUACUGCACCCAAGAGGAAAAGACCGCGAGCCUCUGCGAAGUAUGAUGAAGAACACCCAUCGAUUUUCCCACUACAAAACAGUGCCAUUUCGACUACAAACAAGGUUGCCACAGAUCAAUCCAUGAAGAUUGAAGCUUCCUCCCCAAAUUUGGAGAAAAAAUCAGGAUCUGUCACAGAAAAUGGUGGGUGUUCGUACAACUUGUCCAAUUCUCACUCCAUUCCGGUACCGGGGUCCCAGCCUGAGUCGAUUAAGGAGUCAAUGAUGAAGCCGGAGAGCAAGGCUACCGCAGAUUCAAAGCCGGGAAAUGACGAAUCGCAGAGUCAAAAUCUCAAACAAAGGAAAGAGGAAGCGCAAUCGCCCAAGAAAGAAUCUCCAGUAAAUUCAACCAUCUCUGAGAUUGAGAACCACCGGGAAGAGAAGUUCCAGAUAGAUCUGAUGGCUCCUCCUCCUUCAAGAUCUUCUCCAGAAAGAGAUGGCGAGGUUGAUUUUGUGUCUGCAGAUCCCAAACCUACGGUCAUAGUUGCAGAAACGGAAUUAAAGUCCUUGACCAGAGAAGAUGACAAAGCUUUGAAAUUUGGGAAGGAAGAGCCUGCAAAUUUGGAAGCUGAGAAGUUUAAGAAAGCAGCUUCGGCAGCAGUAGUGGAAGAAGCUGAGUUUAAGAAGCCUGUUGUGGGUGGUAAGGAAAGGAAUAUUGAUCUCCAGCUUGAUUUGGAGAAGACUGAUAGAGAUAGUGGCAAUGCUGGUUUUAGUGGAAACAAGCUACCUCAGCAUGCUGCUAAGCAGCAACAAAGCACUGAGAAAACUGCUGGUAACUCUGUACCUUUGCCAAUGUCUAUGCCUGCUGGCUGGCCAGGGGGGCUUUCUCCUAUGGGAUACAUGGCACCUUUACAAGGAGUUGUAUCCAUGGAUGGGAGUACCGUUCCUCCAGCUGCUAUGCAACCACCGCAAGUGCUUUUCAACCAACCUCGUCAAAAGAGGUGUGCAACCCAUUGCUACAUUGCAAGGAAUAUAUACUAUCACCAGCAAAUGUCGAAGAUGAAUCCUUUUUGGCCAGUAGCAGCUGGUUCCGGAUCUAUGUAUGGGACGAAGCACAAUCCAAGUGUAAUUCCCCCAGAAUUUCAUGGGAGUAUUCCUGGUAGAGGUGCAAAUUCUGCACCUGACAAAGGACAUGGGAUUACUAUGUUUCCUGCGCAACCUGGGAAGGAAAAAGCUUCACCAGCAGCCAAUCUUAUGGAUGCACAGAGAAAGCAAAUAGUAAUCCAGCAAGCUCUACCUCCAGGCGCACCUAGUAAUAUCUUGCAUGGUCCUGCUUUCAUUUUCCCUUUGAGCCAGCAACAGGCAGCAGCAGCUGCUUCUGUUAGACCUGGUUCUGUAAAGUCUCCGAAUGCUGGUAGUGCAGCGUUGCCAAGUUCAGUGAACUCUACAUCAAUGACUGCUGCAGCAACUCCUGCUGUAGCUCCUGCGAUGAGCUUCAAUUAUCCAGGAAAUGAACCUCAGUAUCUGGCAAUUUUGCAGAACAAUGCAUAUCCAUUCUCAAUGCCAGCACAUGUUGGUGCACCACCAGCUUAUAGAGGACCCCAUGCUCAGACACUACCAUACUUUAGUGGGUCUUUCUAUUCUUCCCAAAUGCUGCAUCCUUCUCAGCUUCAGCAGCAGCAGCAGCAGCAACCACCGUCUCAAUCACAGCAAAGUCAACAAGGUCAUCAAAACCCUAGUAUUUCCAGUGGUUCUUCAUCAUCUCAGAAGCACUUGCAAAGCCAGCAGCAGAGGCCACCUUCCAGUGGUGUGAAUGGUGUCAAUGGUGGCUUGCAAGGCUUUCCUGCCUCAAAAAACCAGUCUUCACAGACACUACAGCUGCAGCAGCAUCAGCAUCAGCGGCAACAUCAACAAAACCCACAUGCCCCUCACCAAGCUCGCCAACUUGAACAUGAGAUAGGUGGUGAAGAUAGCCCGUCAACUGCUGAUAGUCGAAUCUCUCGCAUGAGUAUAUAUGCGCAGAAUUUUGCAAUGCCAAUGCCCCCACCAAGCUUCGCUUUAACGACACCUCCAAUGGGUAGUGCCAGUGGAGUAACUGCUGCCAGUGGCAGUGAAAAGAAGCAGCAGCAAGGCUCAAAGGCUGGGGUUGAAGGAUCUCAACCUUAUGCCAUGUCGUUUGCUUUAAAUGGUGCUAACCCUGCUACUGGCCUUGACAUGGCUUCCCUAGCACAUAGUCAAGCAAUUCUCCAGAGCCUUCCAGAGGUUACUAGGCAAGGCUAUCAACAGAUUAUGGCUGCUGCUGCGCAAGCACAAGCAGCUCAACAUAAGAAGAAUUAUCGGCACCCUGAAGAAGGGAAAAGUGGAGGAGGUGAUUCCUGUAAUGUGGAGGAGGAAAGAAAGGCCAUGACAGGGAAAGCUUCGACUGUUGGUCACUCCAUUGCUUUCGCCACUGAUGGUUCCACCAAUACAAUACCGGGAAACAAUGUCCUUGAUAGCUCUGCUGCACGAAGUCUUAACCUCAGUUCUGCUCCUGGCAGGGCAUCCAGUUCUGUUAUGCCUGCCUCAGUUAGUGCUGUAAAUGCUCCCACACCUCAGCAGCAAAUGCGGAAUCACCAGCAACAGCAGAUGCAGCAGCAACAACACCAGAUGCAGCAGCAACAACAUCAGAUGCAGCAGCAGCAACAUCAUAUGCUUCAGCUUCAGAAGCAACAGCUACAGCAGAAUGCAGUUCGAAGCAAGACACCAGCAACAAGCAAUGGCAGUGUUUACUCUGAUCAUCUUCCUUCAACCUCUUCUAUGGCUGCAAAGUUUCCUAAUGCACUUUCUUCAUUCCCCCAUAACCUUGUCCAAACUACCACCAGUCCAUCUCAAUCUCCUCAGUGGAAGAAUUCUUCCAGGACAACUACUUCCCAGGUUCCUACAUCAUCACUGGCCUCAUCAACCUCAUCAUCGCUUAAAAAUCAUCCUCAGAAGCAGGCACGUACACAGCAAAGCCACACUCAGAUUUCCUUUGCAGCCAACCCAAAGUCUUCCACCCAAAAUCAGGGGCUGCAACCUAAUAGUAACCAGUCCCCGUCUCCUCCGAUAAUGGUUGGUUCACCCACAACUACAACUUCGUCAAUGUCGAAGAGUGCUGGUGGAAGCCCAAGAACAAAUACUUCAAAUUCCGCUGGUAAUAAAGCCGGGCAAGCUUCUUCACUGUCAUCUCAGCAGGUGAAGAACUCACCAUCAGUUCCCAGUCAGAAGUCAUCUCCAGUGGGUGGAAGGAAUGUUCCUUCGAGCCUAGGGAAUACCCAUAUUACCUCUUCAAGCACAGGGACAAAAUCACAAUUGACACAACAGCAACAACAGCAGCAACAUCAGCAUCAGCAGCAUCAGCAGCAACAACAUCUGCAUCAACAGCAACAGCAACAGCAGCAGGUGUCUAAGCAAUCAAUUCAGCAAGCACAGUUGUACUUUUCUAAUCCCUACAUGCAAAACCAGCAAGCUUCGCAUUCUAAUAGCUCAGGCGGCACCGCAUCCCCCUCAAGUGGGUAUUAUGUUCCAACAAGACGGCGUGGUGACGUGCAGCAGCAGUCACAACAUUCACAGGGGUCAUCAGGGACAUCCUCGAGUGGGAUGUUGUCACUCUGCCCUCCUGUUACGCUUGCUAAUAAUACUGGCACCACUGAUCCUGCAAAGGCAGUGGCUGCUGCUGCUAACAACAUGAAAGGUGGUGGUUUAUCUUCACAGACACUUAUCCAUCAUGCCCAGUUUGCUGCUGCACAAUCCUCUGGGCCACAUCAGCUUGUACCGACAGGCUUCCCUUAUGUUCAUGCUGUUCCCACAGUGGUACAGAUGAAACCUGCCGAACAGAAGAAGCAACCAGCAGGUGAGUAGAUGGAUGCUUUUGGUGUUACUUGGCUAUCCCCAUUUUUUGUGACCAUGAAGAGCCGGAAAAGAGAUAGGAACUUGUACCUGGGGUUUCUGAACUUUUGAAGGGAAGGGCUCAUUCCUGCCCGAGCAUUGUCAAUUUUGUAUGCUCUACGGGGAGCCUGAGAAGGAAGGAAAUGAUUGAGCGUGUAAUCAUGUGAAAAAGCACACCAGGGGGAGGCUAUGUGGAAUUAGACCCACAGUUUUGGAAUGAAGUUUACCAAGUGGGGAAAAUUGUCCUUGAUGGAAUCUGUAUUCAUCCAUUGUACACUUCGUGUUUAUAAUCUGACAGGGUUGAUGGGGAAGUCUAAUUAAAUUUGAUUGGUUUGAUGAGGAUAGGUCGGGGCAGUGUAGAAAUGAAAUUGCUUCUUUUUCUGGGCAAAGAGAGACAAGAAUGCCAAAGAAUGAGCAGUAAGAGCAAGACCUGCCUUUCCUUUUGGGGUUGUAACGGAGGAUUUCUUUUUCGGUUUCUUCUUUGGAGGUCCAAAUUGCCAGAAAGAGCAGUAAAACAGUUUCUUAUUGACAUAUAUAUGCAGGGGUAAGAAGAGGGUGUAUGUAUAACAUAUAAUGGUAGACCCUCUUGCAAUUUUUUGAUCUAAAUUGUGUCAUUGCCUACUGGCUCUAGUUUCAUUGCCUUGGUUUGUUGUAAUGUGAACACUGAAAUUCCUGAUAUGAGAAAUGAGCAGGGAAGAAAGAACUAGAAUUUGAUGGAAAGCUCAUGCCUUGGUGUUCAUGUGGCUCAACUUUUUAUCUUUUAUUUUGUCAUAUAUUGAAUGUAUACUUGUAAAGAGAUAGCAGCAUUAUUCAAGCUUUUGAGGAUCUGCUGGUGAGAAAAGUGAAGAGUAGAUAAUAGAGUGAGGUGGAUGCAUAGGGGAGCCAAAGGAGGUUCAAAUUUGUA